GUCUGAAAUGCUUCUCUCUGACCCAAUCGCCAAGUCAAGGAGCCGCUCAGUGAAAAUUAGAUUUGAGUUCGAGGAGUACCAUAACCUGAUCACGGAUGCUUCGGUAAGAUCAAAUCAUAAACAGACACUGACUAGUAUUAGGCGCCUCAGUAUCACGUUUGAUGAAUCGGUAAAGUGCUACCUGCAGAUGACGCGUCAAUCAGAAUUCUUACAGCGAAGAGGUCGGGCACUCGGUAAAGGGACUUGGGAUGUCUGAAUUCCAUAUAGCUUUCCAGAAGACAUCAAAUGGGUCAAGCGGACGUCCUUGAAGCAACGAUGCCUGCACUGUCAAUUAUCAAUCCGAAAUCAUCGACCGGUCCAAUAAAGUCAGUUCCUUUGAAUAUGUUUAGGCUGCAUAGUUAAUAACCUCAAAUCGUUAUUUCAGUUCUCGCCGAUGAAUCAAGAUCACCACUUCAGUAUUGGUCAGUCUACGACCUGAACGGAGUGAAAAGUUCUUAUUGAGUUGGCCUUUCCUAUUUGGGUUCGUCAGACGCCACCACCUGAUGUCAACUCUCGAGGUCUCCCAUGACGAAAAUUGGCGCUCAGUAUCUUAGGCGUCUU